GUUUGAGCGGAGUCGGAAGAAAAGUGAGGAAACAGAUUGUUGCUAAAGAAUGAAUUUUAAAGGCUAAAAGUCUGAGCCGGCGACGGUUUGGUUGAUCUUAUUUUGCCAUGAGAAGAGUCACACUGUUCGUCAACGGAACCUCCACGAAUGGAAAGGUGGUGGCCGUGUACGGCUCUCUGGAGGAUUUACUGUCUGUGGCCAGUUCCAAACUGGGAAUAAGGGCCUCUAGUGUUUAUAAUGGGAACGGCGGCCUCAUCGAUGACAUAACGCUGAUCAGGGAUGAUGAUGUGCUCUUCAUAUCGGAGGAAGAUUCAUCUGAAGACCCUCAGGAAGACCUCAUUGGUCCUGAAAGAGGUCAGACUCACACUGAUUGGCUGACGCUGAACGUCGGCGGACGCUGCUUCACCACCACCAGGAGCACUCUGGUCAGUAAAGAGCCCGAGAGCAUGCUGGCCCACAUGUUCAGAGAGAAAGAUGUGUGGGGGAACAAGCAGGACUCUCAGGGGGCGUACCUGAUAGAUCGCAGUCCAGACUACUUUGAACCCAUCCUGAAUUAUCUGAGACACGGACAGCUCAUCAUCAACGAAGGCAUCAACCCUCUGGGUGUGCUGGAAGAGGCUCGCUUCUUCGGCAUUGAACAGCUCGCCGAACAGUUGGAGACGCUCAUAAAGUCCUCUCAGCCCCCUGACGACCACUCACCUCUGACACGCAAGGAGUUCAUCAGGUUCCUGUUGGCCACCACCACCAAGUCAGAGCUGCGGUGUCAGGGUCUGAACUUCACCGGGGCGGAUCUGUCUCGUCUGGAUCUGCGCUACAUCAACUUCAAGAUGGCCAACCUGAGAGGAGCCAACCUGACCCACGCUAACCUGAGCGGGGCCAACCUGGAGAGGGCGGACCUGUCCAUGGCCUGCCUCGAUGCAGCCAACCUGCAGGGUGUGAAGAUGCUGUGCACCAACGCUGAAGGAGCUUCACUGAGAAGCUGUAAUUUUGAAGAUCCCGCUGGGAUCAAAGCUAAUCUGGAAGGAGCUAACCUGAAGGGUGUGGACAUGGAGGGAAGUCAGAUGACGGGGAUCAACCUGAGAGUCGCCACGCUGAAGAACGCCAAACUGAAGAACUGCAACCUGAGAGGGGCCACGCUGGCCGGGACCGACCUGGAGAACUGUGACCUAUCAGGAUGCGACCUUCAGGAGGCGAACCUGAGAGGCUCCAAUGUGAAGGGAGCCAUCUUUGAGGAGAUGCUGACUCCGCUGCACAUGUCUCAGAGUGUGCGGUAACAAACACACAUGUAUGAUUUAUGGUGCUUUAAACCACAACACACACUCCGGCGGAGAGGAACGUACGGAAAUCUACGUAUUUCUGCAGAUGUAUUUCCAACUUCCUGUCCCUGAAUCAGCAACUGUGGCUUUAAAUACAACAAACUCCUCCGAACGCGUUCGUGUUCGUCAGAUGUUAUUCGAUGAGUUCGAGACUUUUAUCAAGGUGUAUUCGUUCGGAACAGAAGGUGCGUUUGUGAGCAUCGUAAAUUUCCUCGCACACAUCUCUAAACCUCGUUUCUGUUCGUGAAGCACACGCGUGCCGCCGCACACGCCUCCUUCCGACCACGACCAAUGAAUGCCAGACUUUGUCUUUCGCUCUGAACCAAACACCGACAAGCGUCGACGUUUAUUUAACGGCUUAUUUUAACGUGUGUGUUUCUUUAAGAAAUGAACAGAAAUGUUUGUGUAGGUUUACCAGGAAGUUGUCGUCGGGCUUUUGAAUGUAGUUUAUGAAAUAAUCUGCCUUUAGCGUGAGUUCACCAGCCUUCGAAACGUCGUUUGAACAUUUAAUUUUAAAACAUUUAAUUCAGACGUGACGCCGACUGUUCUGUGGUCGAGCUCUUCUUGAUCCAACGUCCGCAACCCUGAACGUUUCUUCAGCUUUAAGCUAAAAUAUUCAGUCGCUGAAGUUUAAAUGUGUAGAAAUUCUGAUGAGGUUUGGUUGUAAAGGAAGCAGAGUUUCUUUUUUCACGGCUUGCAUGAAUUCCAAAUAAAGAUAAGUGUUGUUAAAUGAUGUUUCUCAACAGCGCCCAUUGAAAACAGAUUGUGCACAUUUUUAUCUGCAGUAUAUAAGAAAAGUUAGAAUAAAAAGUCAGGUCUGUUUUAGAAAUCUCUUCUGUUUCUGCUCUUAAUGGUUUCAGUUCUGCUCGUUUAAACUGCUGAUGUAUAAAAACCGUCUUUUCUGUAUAUUUUGAUAACUGUCACAUCCUGCUGAGUGACGGUGUAUGAAUGUGUGUUAUCUCUGCGACACCUGCGUCGACACGUUACCUGUAAACUGGUGUGAAAUGUGAAAUCACUGAGGUGCUACACCUGAACCGUCUGUUCUGCUGCGUCCAGGUUAAAUUUACUGUCUUUAAUAAAUGUUUGUCUCCAAA